AUGCAAGAAUUCACUCUGCAGGAUGUGGCAGCCCACAAAAGCAAGGAUGAUCUGUGGGUAGCUAUUCAUGGCAAAGUCUACGACAUAACAAAAUAUGUACGCGACCACCCCGGAGGAGCGGACGUGCUCGUGGAUGUCGCCGGAACCGAUGCGACAGCUGCCUACGAAGACGUUGGACACUCGGAAGACGCAGAUGAGAUAUUGGGGACAUACCUGCUCGGCACCCUGAAAGACGCUCAAGAGUUCAAGAGACCCAAGGCAGUCCGUCUGGUCCAGCAAACGCCCUCGAAGCCCGAGACUAAGAGCACCAACAAGUCCACGCCCGCCAUUAAAACCCUUGCUCUUACCACAGGGUCCCUGGGAAGCGCGCUCUUGCUCUACAUAUCCUCGCGCAGCAAUGCGGCUCUUAAUGAAGUGCUGUCAAAACUUCCAAAGUUACUUCACCAAUUACCCGAGAUCCAUGUGUCGUCCGGCGGCGUCUUACGUGGGGGGUUCUCGAGUGGCUUUGUCGCCGCCAGCAUCCUUUGCGCAGCAAUCGGCAGCGUAGUCGGGUCGAAGCUCUCGAAGUUCACACGGAUCGAGUCGGGCUUUACGCGGUAUCCAUCGCGCAUAAAAUCCCGCGGUUUGAAGAAACAGAACCCGCACCUUGCGAAGGGCUUCCUCGAGCCAAAGGAUUACAAGAACCUCCCUCUGAUCCGGAAAGACCAGCUAGCACCGAACGUUUAUCGUUUCGUCUUCGAGCUCCCCGGUCCACGGGACGUCAUCGGUCUUCCUAUCGGGCAGCAUGUCGCCAUUAAAGCCAACGUCAACGGCGCAGCAGUUUCGAGAUCCUACACACCCACAUCGAAUAACCUGGAUCUGGGCCGCUUGGAACUAGUCAUCAAAUGCUAUCCCGACGGCAUCCUCACGGGCCAAUACCUUGCGAACCUGCAAGUCGGCGACAAGGUGCAAUUCCGCGGUCCGAAAGGCGCAAUGAAGUACCACAGCGGUCUAUGUAAAAAGAUCGGAAUGAUUGCCGGCGGAACCGGGAUUACGCCCAUGUAUCAACUCAUCCGGGCGAUCUGUGAAGACGACACCGACACCACGGAAGUGAGUCUGAUCUAUGCCAAUCGAUCCGAGGAAGAUAUCCUGCUGCGGAGUGAACUGGAAGCGUUCGCUCGCAAGUAUCCAAAGAACUUUAAGCUCUGGUAUAUGCUUGACCACCCCCCGAAGAACUGGGCUUAUGGUAAAGGCUAUGUUACGCCGGAGGUUAUGGCUGCGAGGUUGCCUGGGCCAGCGCCUGAUACAAAGGUUAUGCUUUGUGGUCCCCCCGGCAUGGUGAAUGCUUCAAAGAAGGCACUCACUGCUGCUGGAUUUCAGGCUCCAGGCGCUGUGGGGAAGAUGACGGAUCAGAUAUUCUGCUUCUAG